GACAGGUUGAGACAGACUGAGAUGUGCGCAGAGCGCAAAUAAAAACGGGAAAUUGUAUAUUGUUCAAUUUCUUUAUUGCGAUAAAACUAAGUAAAUUGUUUGUUAUUCAUGAAAAUAAGUAUUUAAUUAAAGUACAUAAAAUGGUUUUUAAAUUAGUGCGUGUCGACAGUACAGACCCAUGUAAAAUAAAAUUGCCGGUGGGAAAACAUGAUAUUGGGAGAGGCAAAUUUCCCUUUCGAAAAUGAAUAUGACAACAAGGUCUCUAGGAACCAUGCAGAACUAUUGGUUACAGAUGAUGAGGUCACAUUGACUGCGUUACAUUCCAACCCAUGUUUUUAUAUGAAAAAGCAGCACAAAAGUGUCCAAGUCUUGAACAAAGACUCAUGCAUUGUGUUGGGUUGUGGUGACAAAUUUGGCAUUUUACCACAUAUCUACUGGUACGAGCUGAUAUUCUGUUCCCAACUGCCAGAGGAUGCUGAAAGUGCCAAAGAUAAUAAGAAGGAAGGGAAUCAGUGGAGAAAGAGGCUGACAACGAGGAUUUGUCAAAGGAGGUUAAUUUUGAACCAAAUGAAACAGCGCAGGAAGGGGGACAGUCAUCGCCUUCCACACUUGAAAGAGAUUCACCAACACAAUUAUAUGAAUGGAGGAAAUCACCUUCGCAUGAUUGUGAGGAAAAGCCGAAGACCAGGAUGAGAAAGCACAGUCUCCGUUAAAGCGGCCCAUAAGCCCAAACAAUGGAGAUGGUGAAGAAAUCAAAAAGGUCAAAACUGACGAUGAUAAUGCUGACGAGGCUGGACCCAGUAAUGGAGCGUCGACAAGUGACGACAAGAACGAUAAUGGACCAGUGCGCGAGAGGUGCAUGUAUGGAGCUAGCUGUUAUAGGAAGAACCUGCAGCACAGGGCGCAGUACUCGCACCCGGCGGACGCGGACUGGCCGGCGGCCGAGCGGCGCGCGUGCGCGUUCGGCGCGGCGUGCCGGCGCCGCGACCCGCGCCACCGCCGCGACUGCGCGCACCCGCCCGCGCCCGCGCCGCCUCGGGACGCGCCGCUGCAGCGCGACGGACGAGGUGAGAAAAAGAAAAAAGAAAAGUCGACGAUUCGUCAUCGUUGAUAGUGACGACCAAAAGACAGCGUAAGACAGUGAAAAUGGAUGCGUGGAGUGAUGACUCGGAGGUCGAGCAGGAUCCUUACGCGACUGAUGAGUCGGACGAGUGGCAGCCAUCCAGCGACUUCACGGAUACGCAGGCGUACACGUCUGAUUGAAAUUAAUGUGGAGCGGCUCGUGAUAUUUGUAAAUUUACUAUAGUCUCACUAUUACUGGUCUUCCUUGUGGUAUACUCAUGGCGAGGGUAGGGUAAACUAUAAAUUUAUUUACAACAUUCGUAGCUCCCCUGCCGUGCCUAGAACUGCCUUUUUUUAAUAAACAACCAGAAUUACUUUUUUCGGUCUAUCUCAAAAAUGGACCAAUCAGAAUAGCUUUUUUGACACGCCUACAAAAAAAUAAU